AUGACAAAAGCAGUGACCUUUAUCAAUUACGGAGAAAUAGCAACAACUUUUGACUGUCGUCCCAUGCAAAACCGAGUUGUUUUUGGUCCACCAGUACUUGACACAGGAGUAACCUGCAGCGAGGGACGUGUUGUCGGUCUCUACCUCGACAACGAACCAAUCUUUGGUAAACUUGACAGUUCAAGUAGCCUUUUCCGUCUUCAUCAUCUACAGUACCUGAGUUUGGCUGGUAACGACUUCCGUUAUUCUUGUAUUCCACCGGAAUUCGGAAAUCUGACAAAUUUGAUUUAUUUGAAUUUGUCACAAACUAGAUUUAUUGGUCAAAUUCCCAUUGAGAUUUCGCGCCUCACAAGGUUAGUUACUCUCGAUUUGUCUUACAUUUUUAAUGAUGAAGAUCAGAACCCGGUGGAACUUGAGAACCCAAAUUUAGCUACACUGGUGCAGAACCUUACGUGCCUUACGGAACUUUAUCUUGAUUAUGUAAUUAUAUCAUCGCAAGGGAAUGAUUGGUGUCAGGCCUUAUCAUCUUCGCUGCCAAAUCUAAGAGUGUUGAGCAUGUCAUAUUGUGAUCUUCGGGUGCCUCUUGAUUCCUCCUUACAGAAGCUUCAGUCUCUAUCCGUAGUUAAUCUCUGCAGUAACAAUUUUUCUGCUCCAAUUCCAGAAUUUUUUGCAGAUUUUAGAAAUUUGACUUUCUUCGAUCUCAGUUAUUGUGGAUUGAAUGGACAAUUUCCAAAAAAGAUCUUCCAGGUUCCAACACUACAGACGGUAGACUUAUCAGGUAAUGAACUACUUCAAGGUUCUUUGCCAGAAAUUUAUCCAAAUGGUUCUCUUCAGUCACUGCAGCUUAGCGGUUCAAAAUUUUCAGGGACACUUCCUGAUUCUAUUGGCAACCUUAAAAGGUUAUCUGAAAUAUAUCUUACAGGGUGCAAUUUCACUGGAUCAAUCCCAAACUCCUUGUCAAACCUUACUCAAUUGGUUUAUUUGGACAUGUCAUCAAAUUACUUCACCGGAUCAAUUCCAUCAUUCAGCAUGGCAAAGAACCUGAUCAUGAUAAAUCUUUCUUAUAAUCAUUUGACAGGUCAGAUUACUGAAGGGAGUAUUCCAGCAUCUCUUUUUUCCCUUCCAUCAUUGCGAACGUUGCUUCUUGGCAACAACCAUUUUUCUGGUCAACUCCAUGAAUUUUCAAAUGUUUCUUCCUUCCUGUUGGAAAAACUUGAUUUGAGUAGCAACUACUUGGAAGGGCCAAUUCCCAUGUCUAUCUUUGAACUCCAAGGUCUUCAAGACCUAACACUUUCUUCAAACAACUUUAAUGGCUCUUUACAGCUUAAUGUGAUUCAGCAGUUGAGAAAUCUUACCUAUCUGGAUCUUUCCAAUAACAACUUGUUGACUGAAUAUAAUGGAACUAAUUCCUCACUAUCCUCCUUCCCCCAAAUUAUUAGAUUGAAUUUGGCUUCUAACAAGUUGAAAACAUUUCCUGAAUUCUUGAGACACCAAGCCAAUUUAGAACAUCUAGACCUUUCAGAGAACCAAAUACAUGGGGAGAUACCCAACUGGUUUUGGAAAAUUUCUAUACCUAAUUAUGUAAAUCUCUCCUGUAACUACCUUGAGGGACCUUUAAACAAUCUUUCUUCAACAACUUUCCUAGACCUUAGCUCCAACCAACUCCAGGGACAACUCCCAACUCCCCUUCCAUAUUGUUAUUAUUUGGACUUGUCAAGGAAUAAUUUCUACUCUGUUAUACCAGAGCUAGACUUUUUAUGGAGUCUCGACUCUGAUAGUGCUUUCUUAUCUCUUUCGAGCAAUAAAUUCCAUGGGCAAAUCCCUGAAUCAAUAUGCAAUGCUGCAGCUCUUGGAGUUCUAGAUCUGUCUAAUAAUUCCAUAAAUGGAACAAUUCCCCAAUGCUUGUUGUCUUCAACGAGUAAUACUUUAAAGGUUUUGAAUCUAAGGAGAAACAAACUCAUUGGCAAAAUCUCUGAUACAUUUCCAAGCAAUUGUAGUUUACAAACUCUAAAUGUCAACACAAACCUACUGGAAGGAGUGGUACCAAAGUCUCUCGCCAAUUGCACAAAUUUGGAGGUAUUGGACAUUGGGAACAACAAGAUACAUGAUUCCUUCCCUUGUCACUUGAAGGGCAUGUCUAAUUUGCAUGUCCUAGUCUUGCAUUCGAACAAAUUUUAUGGAUCUGUUGGUUGUGGAAGGUCAAAUGUUACUUGGCCGAUUCUUCAAAUUGUAGACCUAGCCUCUAACAACUUUAGUGGUAGGCUAUCAAUAAAAUCCUUGGCUAACUCAAAGUUAAUGAUGGCUGAUAAUGAGGCUCAAUCAGGGCUCAAUUACCUCCAAUUUGAUCCUAGGGAAUACAAUGAAGGUAGUUAUUAUUAUCAAGAUGUAAUAACAGUUACCAUUAAAGGUCAGAUAAUUGAGUCGGUGAAGAUUCUUACUAUUUUCACUUCAAUUGACCUUUCAAGCAACAAUUUUGAAGGGCCAAUACCAGAAGAAAUAGGAGUACUCAAAUCCUUGCAUAUUCUCAACUUGUCACACAAUUCUUUCACAGGCCAAAUCCCACCAUCUUUGGGAAAAUUAAGUCAACUCGAGUCACUAGACUUAUCAAACAACAAGCUUGGUGGUGAGAUCCCUGUGCAACUUGCAGAUAGUCUUACUUUCCUUGCAGUCUUAAACCUUUCAUUCAAUCAAUUAGUGGGGCCAAUUCCAUACAUCAAGCAAUUUGCAACAUUUUCGGAAACUUCCUACGAAGGGAACAAAGGACUAUAUGGGUGUCCUUUGAAGACAAAAUGCACAUCUACAGAGCCACGAUCACCACCUCCAACAUUUGAAGAAAGUAACUCAAAUUCUCGGCCUUUGAUUGACUGGAAUUUCCUAAGUGUAGAGCUGGGAUUUGUUUUUGGCUUUGGGAUGGUCAUUUGGCCGAUUAUGUUUUGUAAGAGGUGGAGGAUUUGGUAUUGCAAACACGUUGAUGACAUUUUAUUCAGAAUCUUCCCACAGCUGUACCUUGGAGGAAAACAAUACCGUGGAAUCCGAGCACAAAGGAAUGCGGGGCAGAGGCAUUAG